CAAACAACGAGAGGUCCACCCAAACCCCCGAAGACCGACUCGAGCGAAAUUACGAGCAGCCUAGAUUCCGGUACCACCAGCCUCGCAUCCGUAGCCCGCCCGGCUUCCAGUCAGCUUCGACGGCCUUCACACAUUUGACCAUUUCUAAGAAGUUCGCAUCGAGAAGAAAGGAAAACAUGAACCUUGGAGACGGAGGUCGGAUUGCAAGCAUCCAGCCUGAAGAGGGAGUCGCACAAGAUGGCCUUUCCCCCUGUGGGAAUUACUCCAGCCUUCUUCGUUCCACGAUCCCCAUUCCAAGGAAAUGUGCAGCCUCUCAGAGUCUAGAUGUUCAGCACCACCGGGAGAAACAAAAGCUCGACCAUUAUAUUACCCCAGACAAUCACCGGUCCUAUGUGAAAGGUUUCCCUAAAUUCCCUGAGCUUCCACCAGAGAUUCGGAUGCAAAUUUUCGACUAUGCUGGAGUCGCAUGGGGUGCGAACAAUGUUUAUAUAACCUGUCGUCGAAGAUACCAACCAUUUCAAAAUGUCACCCCCGCAUGCCAUCGGGCUCAAGGUCUCGGCGACCCUACACCAGGGCGGCAAUUACCAGACUAUUGGCCAUACGAACUUAGAGCAAGCUACAAACUUCCCCCUUUGCUCCGCACGAACCGCGAAGCUCGCAUCGCCGCUCAGAAAUUCUACAAGCUGUCCUUUGCAUAUCAGCUCAGUCACUCGUGCGGAGUCUGGUUUGAUUCCACCAGGGAUAAACUCAUAAUGGAAUCAGGCGGAGCAUUCGAUUUCUUCAAGCACGGUGCCGAAGACACGGAAGAAGAUCGAUCUGAGCGGAAAAAAGUCGAGAAGACUCUCCGCUAUCUAGUAAUACGAUCAUUGUUCGCUAAUGAGGUCCUCGAGCUCUGCGAUUAUAGUCAUGGUCUAGAGAACCUUGAUGCAUUGUACUUGGGAGAGGCAAAACGUUUCUGCCCUCGGAUUCAGAGCUUUGUGGCGCACUGCUUCAUGAUGGCCGAGGGGAAGUUGAGGGGGGGGUGGAAGCAGGCUGUGGGCAAGGGAGAGAUUACGAGGGCGCCGGAGGUGUAUACGCGCCACAGCGGCGAUUUUGAAAAGAGGUUAGGUAUUUGUGAGAAUGAGGAUCCUGAAGAGCUUCGCUUCACGUCCAUGAAGAUAAAGAUGGAGCGUAUAAAUUCAAACUUAAGUAUCUGGCUUGGCUGCAAAGUCAAUUAGACUGCCAUGUCCAAUGACAAUAUAGGGUGAAGAAGUGCUUCGUAGAUUGGAGAUUGGGUUUGGAUUUCAAACUGGAGUAGUUUAUGGGUUUGGGCCUCAAUGGAAAAGUAAAUAAUAACCAAAUUACUUGUACCGAAUAUGCAAAUCUUC